AUGCCUGUGACAGUGGGAUCAUAUGGCCAGUCCCAGCCGAGUUGUUUUGACAGAGUAAAAAUGGGCUUCAUGAUGGGCUUUGCUGUUGGCAUGGCAGCAGGUGCACUCUUUGGCACUUUUUCUUGUGUCAGGAUUGGCAUGAGAGGACGAGAACUGAUGGGUGGCGUUGGCAAAACCAUGAUGCAGAGUGGUGGAACGUUUGGGACAUUUAUGGCUAUUGGCAUGGGAAUCCGCUGUUAACUUGAAUUUCUUUUAUUCUUUUUUACCAUGAAGACUAAUGCCCGUUAGUCCAGAUCCUGCUAUGUAAAAUAAUAAAACUUUGUAUCAGGAAUAAGAUAAAAGUAUCUCAGCCUUU